GCAAGUGCCACCCCAGUCAGUUGCGUCUUGACAGUGAGAGGAGAGCAUCGCGCGCCCGGCCUCUCCUCUCCACCGCUUCCUCGCGCUACAGUUUCUCUCGCUCACUCGCCCAUUUCCACCCGUUUUUUCCAGCCCCUCUGAGGGAAGUGACGAGCGGGAGCAGAGACAUAGAAGAAAGCUGAAUAAUGUGACACGAGACAGAUACGAGAAAAAACGGGAAAAAGACAAAAGGGAAAGUGUCACCUGAAGGAUAAAAGAAACAUCAAACAAAAAUAUACGGAAAGAGUGAAGUAGGGAUUAGUAAACAAGGCAAGAGAGAUAGAAAUAUAACUCGACUGGAAAAUAGCAAGAAAAGGUAGAAAAUAAAAAUACGUAGCGAGAAGUGACAGAAAGAUAAAGACUAAAAGAAGGAGUAGAAAAUAUAAAUACGUAGAGUGGAGUGACAAAUGGAUUAGAAAACAAGAGAAAAGAGAGAGAAACACAACUCGCCUGACAGAAAAGAAAAACAGAAAAUGUAAAAUGUAAAAUACGAAGAGAAAAUAGUGACAGAAAGAUAAAAUAAAGUUACGAAGCAGUAUUAUUCGUAGAAACAAAUAUUAAAAACUCAAAAAAGGAAAGCAAUAUUAAUACUACGACCACGCCAUGUUGUAACACAGCGAAAAACAAAACAACAUCACCAGUAGUUUUGUGAGUGUGGAAACAAAAUCCAAACAAAAUGACAACUACAAAUAACCCCGAAAACAAUAAACAUUUUAACUCUGAGUGAAGUAAACAAAUGCACUGAGUGAGGAAAAAAAGUUAUAAAUGCAUAUAGAUAAAAAAACUAAAACUGUGACUGUCGGAAACUAAAGAAAUACGAACCGAAAACACGAGAAAAACAUAGAAAAAAACAUAGAAAAACAAAAAUAAAAACCAUAGAGGAAAAAGCAACAGAAAAAAACAGAAAAACAUACUGAAAAAAAAAUAUAUACGAACCAUACGAUAAUUUAAAAGGAAGAACAAAAUAGCUGACAGAAAACUGGUGAUAAAAGGGAAGAUAUAUUUGUAGAGAGAACUCGAAUAUAAAUGUCUGGGAAAUAUAAGCAAAACAGAAAAUAGAGGAAAACGGAAGGACAUACAAGGUAAAACAUAGAAUAAAACAGACUAUAGAGAAUAAACGACACAAAAAAUACUAAUACAGAGAAUACAGGAAAACGGGAACAAAAAAAAAUAGAAAAAAUAGAAAAAUAGCAGAGAAAAACGGAAACAAAAAAACAGAGAGAAACACAGAAAAAAUAUAGAAAAAAAGCAGAGAAAAACAUACAGAACAGCAUAGAAAAAAAAUCGGAAAAAAAAUCAGAGCAUAAAGGAAAAAACACACACACACACACAAAAAACAUCAACCCAAUAUAAAACAGCUAAAAAAUGUGGGGUGUGUGUAAUAAACCCUAAACCGGCAUGAGGAGAUAAAGACAGAGAAAAGAGAGAAAGAAAAAAUAAAACCCAGAUAAAAAAAAAAAUAAAGCAGGGUCAAAACCAAACACAAUCAAACACGGUGCAGAGUGACAAGCCAAAAAAAAAAUAAAAAAAGAGCAAAGCAAUCACAUUCGGCGCGGCGAGAACAAACACGCAAACAAACGACCGAAAUGGAAAACAACAAGAUUCCAAGAAAAACAAUAGACGCCCUUUAGAGACAGAGCCAACGGGAAACGAGACAUUGAAAAGAAGAGGAAAAAAAAGAAAUAAAAAAGUGAGGAAAAAUAUAUAGAAGAGAAAAAAAGAGGACAACGGCUGCGAGUGGAGGAGGCCUUACAGAUCACACGCACUCACACACGCACACACACACACGCACACACAGUCAACAUGAGAGUGCCACGGGUCGCCUCAAGGGGUGCCAGCCUCUGCCUGCUCCUCCUGCUUCUGCUACACCUCAGCGGCACCCUUGCACGCUCCUACUGGGGACACAACAGAGGUGCAGGCGGGCAGCGGCGGGGCGGCGGGCACCAAGGGAGGAGAAACAUGGGUCGCCACCGCCGUAAAGACCAGCUGAUCCACCCCACCACGGCGGAGAUCCCCUACUUCGACCCCACCUCCCCGACGCACAUCAAGGCGCAGAUGGGCUCAAGCGCCUACCUACCGUGUAAAAUUAAGAACCUGGGCAAUAAGUCGGUGUCGUGGGUGAGGAACAAGGACGCGCACAUCAUCUCGGUGGACAGAUACACCUUCAUCCAGGACGCGCGCUUCGCCACCUGGCACGAGGCCGUCACCAACACGUGGACGCUACAGGUGAAGUACGUGAGGGCGUCGGACGCGGGCAGGUACGAAUGCCAGGUGUCCACGGAGCCGAAGAUGAGCCACUUUGUGCAUCUCAAUGUUGUGGUUCCCUCGGUCACCAUCCCUGGAGGCUCUGAGCUGCACGUGAGGAGCGGCAGCACCGUCACCAUCAAGUGUGUGGUGAGCCAAGCACUUCACCCGCCCAGCUACGUCUUCUGGUACCACGGGGAGCAGCGCAUUCCGGAGGGCAACUGGAAGGGCGUGACGCAGGAGCCGCUGAGUCGCCGGCCGUCCGGAGGCAGUGAAGGCUCCCUCACCAUCACCUCUGUCAACCACGCUCACGCCGGGAACUACACCUGCGUACCUGCCGCCCUCACACCUGUCUCCGUCAUCUUGCACGUGUUGAAUGGUGAACGCCCCGCCGCUAUGCAACACGGAACCAGCAGCUCUUCCCUUCCCUCUCCUCCCCUCUCCCUCCUCUUCCUCCUCCCUCUCCUCCUCCUCUUCCGCCUCGGCCGCACAAGCAUCCCCUCCUCGCACCUCACCUCUUCCUCCUUCUCCUCCUCCUCCUCCACUUCGUCUUCCUCCUACUCCUCCAUCUCCUCCUCCUCCUUCUUCCAUUCAGGUGUUAGUUUAUUCUGCCCUCGGUGAUGGCAACACUAAUUACCUGUGGACUUGUACGUAAGGCUUCGUGUGUUUUGUAUUAUAUUUAGGACAACGAUGAUACGUGUACGAUACUGGUUGGACACCCUUCAUUCCUUCCUGCCCUUUUUCAUCUCUUUUUCUUAACUCUUUUUGUUAUUUCGAUGCGUCCUUUUCCACUUGGUAACUUAUUCUGCCGUUUAUUACCUGUUCUCCUUUUCUUCCUGCUCUUUUUCACCUUUUCUUCAUUUUAUUUUUUUUUGCAAUUCCAAUUCAUCUUUUUCCUACUGGGUUUUUAUUUCACAUUUUUUAUACACAUUUUCUUUUUUCUUCUCCACUUUUGAACCAUUUUCCUUCACUUUUUCUUGUAUUUUUCGAGGAGUUAUUUUUCUAUGCGGUAAUUUAUCACAUAUUAUAAUACCUGUUCUAUUUUUUCUUUCCACUUUUUCAUCUUUUUUUUUUUACUUUUUUUCCUUAUUCCGGUACAUUAUUUUUCUAUCAGGUAAUUCACGGUAUCUUUUCUGACCCUUACUCGUCUUUUCUAUUCCCCUUUCUGCUUUUCUUUUUCUUUUAUUUAUCUCUCCUCGGCAAGGCGUCAUUUAUUGCUUAACUUUUCCCUAUCAAAUUAUCUACGUUAUCAUAAAUUUACUAGUCCCGUUAAUCUUAUCUAACUCCUAGCAAUUAUAUCUUACUUUUUGUACGUUUUUUUUCUUUUUUAUCUUCUCUCUUCCAAUUCUUUCCUCCAUUUCCUCUUCCUCAUAUUCGUUCCUUAUUCAUGUGCUUCGUAUCUUCCGCUCUUACACUAAUACUUUUUUUUGCCUUAGAUGGAUUAGCGUAAAUACACACACACACACACACACACACACACACACACACACACACACACACACUACUAAAACAAUUACAAUAUUCUCGUGCAAGUGUAAUUAAGUGUAUAUAUUAAUGUUUAAGAAGUGUAAUUCAUGUAACUCCAAUUAUAUUUGUUACGUCUAAUGAGAGAGAGAGAGAGAGAGAGAGAGAGAGAGAGAGAGAGAGAGAGAGAGAGAGAGAGAGAGAGAGAGAAAAUGAGUGUGUGUGUGUGUGUGUGUGUGUGUGUGUGUGUGUGUGUGUGUGUGUGUGUGUGUGUGUGUGUGCAUCUUGACUGGAUAUACAAAAAGAUGUUGAGUAACCUUGUGAAUUCCAAUGUAAUCCACUAUACCCACGAGGGAGUUUUCGGCCUUGCCCUGAACAAAAGAAGACAAGCAAUCUGACACUCGUAAAAACAACGGAAAAAAAAAGAACGGUAAAAUAUAAGAUGAAAAACAUAGAAGGAGGAUGAAAACCGUAUCCCCAACCUCCUUAAACCAAAAUAAUCUUCUGGAAAAUAAAGAAAACAAGAUAAAAUUAAAAAUAUCACAUUCGGAAAAGCAAAAAAAUAUCCACCACAAUGAAAUAUACAACUUUUACUACUACUACUACUACUACUACUACUACUACUACUAAUAAUAAUAAUAAUAAUAAUAAUAAUAAUAAUAACAAUACUAAUACCAAUACUAAUAAUAACAAUAAAGGUAUCCAGAGCCGAGAUGGGCCAGGCCGAAUCCUCCUUCCAAACGCCAAUACCGUUAAUGUCUCGUAGCUAAUAAGUAUAAUCCAGUCAGUCCAUUUACCGUUUUCUAUCGCGUGCUGCCCCGACGAUGUGAGGGGGCCACUACUAUAAAUGAUGAUGAUAAUGAUGAUGAUGGUGAUGAUGUUGAUGCAUUUGUGUACAUAGUAUUAUCUAGGGUGAUGAUGAUGAUGAUGAUGAUGAUAAUAAUAAAUGGGGUUUUUGUGUA